ACCAUUUACCAUUAUGACACGUACGUAUUCAAUGCCCCCACCAUUUUUGUAACAAUAGAGUUAUCACAUCUUUUGCUAGUCACCUCCCUGAAUUUACGCUCUGUCCUCAUUUUGAACAAGCGGGAUGUGUAUGCUGUGGUGUACAGUAGAGUUGACUCAUACGAUGACUCUCACAUGCACAUGGGGUCGACCACUUAUAACUCAUUCUUUGAAUCUUGCCGAAUGAAGUUUCUUUGUAAAUUUCCUACAUCACCGCUUGAACAUCGAAUUUCUCAUAAAUAAUAAGGCCAUCUCUCACUCUUGCUCUCUGUCUGUCUUUCUCUCUCUCUCAGCUCUUGCUCUCCGCCUCUCUCGUUCUUUCUCUCGACUGGUCCUGCUCUUAAAUCCUUCUAUUGGUGGCUCAUGCUACCUCCAAUCUGAUCAGUGAUCACCUGUAAACUCUGUGCUCUCUGAGGUUAAGAACUUGAGAUCGCUAUAAUCUUCUUAUUGUUCGGUGAAACUAGAGUUACAAUAGUACUUUUUUUAUAUACACAUCAGUGGCUUCAAUGGGCAUGGAAAACGCCUCGUCAUCUUCUACUGCCCAAUGGAAAUAUGAUGUCUUCAUCAGUUUCAGAGGAAAGGACACCCGCAACAAUUUUAUGGAUCAUCUAUAUAAUGCUUUGAUAGUGAAAGGCAUUAACACUUUUAGAGAUGAUGAGAAACUUGAGAGAGGAAAAUCCAUUUCACUAGAGUUGUUGAAAGCGAUAGAAAAGUCGAGAUUUACUGUUGUCAUUCUCUCAAAAGACUAUGCAUCUUCACAUUGGUGCUUAGAUGAACUUGCAAAAAUCAUUGCUUGCAAGGAAGACAUGGGAAUGAUAGUUUUGCCUGUUUUUCACUAUGUGGAGCCAUCUUAUGUACGGAAACAAAUGGGAACUUUUGCGCAGGCAUUUAUUAAACAUGAAGAGAAGGAGGAAGAAACAAGGGUGGAUAAAUGGAGAGAUGCUUUGAGACAAGUGGGCAACCUCCCUGGAUGGCAUUUAAAGGAUACUAGGCCUGAGUCACAAGUUAUCCAAGAAAUCGUGGGUUGGAUAUCGCUCAACUUGAAAUAUGAAGCAUUCCCAUGUAUUACCGAGGACCUAGUAGGGAUACAUUCUCGACUGGUAGAAUUGGAGUCAUGUUUAGCUCUAGAUUCAAAAGAUGUCCUCUUUAUAGGGAUUUGGGGGAUGGGAGGGAUGGGUAAGACAACUCUUGCUAGAGUUGUUUAUCAUAUGUUUUCUAAAGAAUUUGAAGCUCGUGGUUUUAUUAAGGAUGUUAGGAAAAAUUUUGAAAAAAAUGGUUGUGUUUCACUACAACAGAAAAUUAUUAAUGAAGUUUUGAUGGAAAAAAAUUUGAAAAUUGAAGAGGAGUAUGAUGGAGUUCUCAAGAUCAAGAAUAGGUUAUGUCGUAAAAGAGUUAUUCUUGUUCUUGAUGAUGUACAUGAAGUGAAACAGUUAAGAAUGUUAGCAGGGGAGUGUAAUUGGUUUGGUCCGGGUAGUAGAAUUAUCAUAACAACAAGAGAUGCGCAUAUGCUUAAAGCACAUCGAGUAAAUGAAAUAUAUGAAGUUAAAGGAUUGAAUGAUGAAAAUGCUCUUCAACUUUUUUGCUUGAAAGCUUUUGAAAAAAAGCAUGUCCUUGAUGAUUAUAUAGAGUUGUCUAACCAUUUUUUGAAUUAUGCUAGUGGCCUUCCUUUAGCUCUUGAGGUUUUGGGUUCCUUUUUGUUUGGAAAAAGUACUGUUGAAUGGAAAACUGAAUUAGAGAAACUCCAAGAAUAUCCCGACGAAGAAAUUCUCCAAGUACUUAAAAUAAGUUUUAAUGGACUCCAAAAACCACAGAGGGAAAUAUUCUUGCAUAUUGCAUGCUUUUUUAAUAAUCAAAAGAAAGAUUAUGUAUUAGAAAUACUAGAUAUUCUGGGCCUUUACCCUAUUAUUGGAUUGAAGGAACUCACUGAUAAGUCUCUCUUGAAAAUUAUGGAUAAUGAUGUAGUGUGGAUGCAUGAUUUACUUGGAGAAAUGGGCAGGAACAUAGUUCGUCAAGAGUGCCUUGAUCCUGGGAAGCGUAGUAGACUAUGGGAUUAUAAGGACAUUAACAAAGUGUUAAAAAAAAAUAAGGGGACAGAAGCACUUAAAGCCAUGGAUAUUGCGAGUACUUGUAAUGAACAACAAGAUGGACGUUGGAACCCUGAGGCCUUUUUGAAGAUGGAUAAUCUUAAAUUUCUUAGAAUUUAUGGAACUUUCUAUGUCCCCACACACCUUCCUAAUGAUUUAAUAAUUCUUGAUUGGAUUUCGUAUCCUUCAAAAUCUUUGCCAUCAAGUUUCCAGCUAGAUGAGCUUGUUCAACUUUGCUUGCAACAAAGCCAAAUUCAACAACUUUGGACAGGAAUAAAGAAUUUUGACAAGUUGAAGUUCAUUGACUUGACCGACUACAUGGACCUGUUUAUAACUCCAGACUUCACUGGAGUCCCAAAUCUUGAGAAAUUAGUUCUUGUAAGGUGUACAAAUUUACGCGAGAUUCACCCAUCUAUUGGAAUUCUUAAAAAACUUAUUUAUCUUAAUUUACAAGAUUGUGAAAGACUAAUUCGUCUUCCAAGCAAGUUUGGAAUGGAGUCUCUUGUGACUCUUGAAAUUUCUAAUUGCCCAAAACUCAAGACAAUUCCCAAAUUUGUGGCAAACCCGAAAUUCUUACAGGAGCUUUCUUUGGAUCGCACUGCUAUUGUGGAUCUAAUUAAAAACUUGCCAGAGAACCUAUGGAUAAUCAAAGGCCUAGAGAUACUUGAUUUGAGCAAAGCAGAUAUAGAAGAGCUGCCUUCAUCAAUUGAACGUUUGACUGACCUUACUUCAUUAACUCUAAGAUAUUGUGAGAAUCUUGUGAGCCUUCCUAACACCAUUUGUAAUUUGAAGUUGCUUAAGUCUCUUGAUCUUUUUGGAUGCUUAAAAUUUCGUAACUUGCCAAAGAACAUAGAAAAUGUAAAAGGUUUGGAGUUGCUUAAUUUGUGUUGGACAGCCAUAAGGGAUGUUCCUUCUUCCAUUGCCCUGCUUAAAAAUCUCAAACAUCUAUAUAUCUGUAGAUGGAAUUCAUCUGAAUCUUAUUCCCUGCCAACAAGUCUUGAGCUGCUAGGCUUAGUAUUUCCUUCAUUAAUUUCAGCAAGUCAUGUGAAUCCCAUAAUAUCGGCGCAUCAGAUGAGCUCAGAACGUGGUUCCCCGCAACCUCUUCAAUUAUUAUUGCCUUCCUUAUCAGGUCUUCAAUCUUUAACAUAUUUGCAUCUUAGUGACUGCUCUCUUCUGUCAAUCCCCAAUGACAUUGGCUGCUUGUCCUCUUUGGAACACUUAAAUCUAAGUGGAAAUGAUUUUGUUUCCCUUCCUGAAAGCAUGUCUCAACUGUCUAAUCUUCGAAGACUCUAUUUGGAGGGUUGCAAGAAGCUUUGGUUAUUGGAAAAUAUUCCAUCAACUAUUGAUUCAGUAAUUGCAAACAAUUGUACCUCAUUGAUGAGAUUGCCAGAACUGCAAUUUUAUACUUUUAAGUCAGAUCUCUCCCAUUUGAAUUUCCAGUGUGUUAACUGCUUAAGAUUGGCUAUUUAUAUUGAAAGAAGUGAUAGCAUGCUUCAGGGGCAAAGUGGUAAACUACCAGACAUCUUUGACAUUAUUAUUCCUGAAAAUUACUUUCCUGAAGUUUGCUUUUCAGAAAGGUUUGAACAUGAAUCUGUAAGUCAUGAAUUGAAGGUACAAGUGCCUUAUGGGCGUCAUGAAUGGAUGGGAAUUGAGUUGUGCGUUUGUUUUUCAGUCGCAGAGGCUUCUAAAGAUUUUCUACUUACAUGUUGGAUUAAAGUCAAUGGAUUUGAAAGCGCAUCACCAAUACGCUCUUCUUUUAGGGUAAACUAUGGUAGAGUUAGUUCACGUCACUUUUGGCGGCUCUAUUUGUCUCCUCGCUAUUUCGACUCCCAAUGGGGAGAAAAUUUUCGUCAAAUUGAUGGGAAUAGAUCCAAUAAAAUUGAGAUUAGAAUAAGUAAUUCAAAUAACUUGGAGGUGGAGAAAGUCGGGAUUCAUUAUGAUUUUAUUAAUGAUGGGGCUAGGCCUUUUGGAGAAGGCUAUUCAAUUGACAAACUUCCUCCACUGAUAAGCAAAUAUUUGGCUGUUCCACCUCUUGCUGCAACAACUGAAUCCCUUCCUGAGAGACCAGGGAUGCCAGAUUGUCCAUAUUUUCUGAAAACUCAAAGAUGCAAGUUUGGAUUGAGGUGUAAGUUUAAUCAUCCAAAAGAUAAAUUGGUGACUGAGGUUGCUCUAGAGAAUGCUGCCAUAUCUGCAUUACCUGAGAGGCCAUAUGAGCCCCCAUGUGCUUUCUAUAUGAAGACUGGAAAAUGUAAAUUUGGUCCAUCCUGCAACUUCAAUCACCCAAAAGAUAUUCAGAUACCUUCGCUUGGGCAAGAGAAUGGUAAUGUUGAACAGACUGAAUUAACAAUUAAGGCACUAGCAAUUGCAGAUGCAAUACUAGCUAAUAGUCUUGCUUCAUACACCCCGGCAUUAAUAUAUAACUCCAAGGGACUUCCUGUUAGACCGGGUGUAGCUGAUUGUCUUUUUGACCUCAAAACUGGCAGUUGCAAGUAUGGUGCCACUUGCCGCUACAACCAUCCUGACCGGCAUGCGAUUAAUCCACUAGCUAAUAGUCUUGCUUCAUACACCCCGGCAUUAAUAUAUAACUCCAAGGGACUUCCUGUUAGACCGGGUGUAGCUGAUUGUCUUUUCUACCUGAAAACUGGCAGUUGCAAGUAUGGUGCCACUUGCCGCUACAACCAUCCUGACCGGCAUGCGAUUAAUCCACCUGCCGCUGCAUUAGGCCUUCCCAUUGUUGCCUCCCCAGCAACCAAUCUGAACAUUGGAGUUGUCAAUCCAGCAGCUUCUAUUUACCAGACUAUUGACCCUAGAUUGUCUCAGCCAACGGUUUUACCCAGAAAAGAAAAAGAAAAAGAAAAAGUAAAAUGAUGGGAGUUGGAGUUGGAGUUGGAGUUGUACAGACACAACAGGCACACAGUCUGUCAACAUCAUCAUCAAAUGACUCUUCUUCAACCUCAACCCCAGAGUCAAAUGAAAAAGAAGAAGUGGAUAACAACAAUAAUAAUAAUAGUAAUAGAAAGGGCCCUGAUCUGAAAACGCUUGUGAGGAGAUUCUGGAAGGUGGCAGUUGGCGGCUGUGUUUGCUCUCACUCUAGGAACCACAGGCAUCAAUGUCGGCUUCAACUUCCUCGGCCGUGACUUCUACAAUGCUCUUGCCAGUACUUUCACUACUACUUUCUAACUUAACUACCAUUUCUUCUCUUCUCUAUUAUUACUAUAACUGUUUUUUGUUAACUUUUAUAGACAGGGACCAAGAACAAUUCACGAAGCAACUUCUGUAUUACCUGGGUGCCUUUGCUGGUGGAAUUCCGUUUUUUGUAUUGAGAGAUUAUGCAAGAGACACUCUAGCUUUGAGAUGGAGGUCUUGGAUGACUAGAUAUUACAUGGAACGCUAUCUGAAGAAUCAGACAUUUUACAAAAUUCAAUCACAAUCAAUUAUUGACAACCCAGAUCAGCGGAUUGUUGAUGAUCUAAGUUCCUUCACUGGGACAGCCCUUUCUUUCUCUUUGAUACUAUUCAAUUCUGCUGUAGACUUGAUAUCAUUUAGUAACAUCUUGUAUGGCAUCUAUCCUCCACUGUUUAUCAUUCUUCUUGUGUAUUCGAUUGGUGGAACAGCUUUAAGUGUUUUUCUUGGAAAGGGUUUGGUGACUCUAAAUUUCUUGCAAGAGAAGAAAGAAGCAGAUUUUCGUUACGGACUUGUACGCGUUAGAGAAAAUGCUGAAUCAAUUGCUUUUUAUGGUGGCGAAGAUAACGAAAUGCAACUUCUGCUGCAGCGCUUCAGAAGUGCUUUUGAAAAUUUGACUG